AGACGGCACACAGGCUUGCGGAACAGAGUUUGCGCACAUGCAGAGAGCACGCCAGUAGGGGCAGUAGGGCCAAGAAGAAACACACCGUGUCGUAAUGGCGCCUGGUCGAGAGUAGCACAGCGGAUUGCCGAAUGAGAAAACGACUCCGAGCACUCCGAGUGUAGUGCGUGCGUGUGUGGUUGCUCUGCUGCGCUGCUGGCCUGGCUAGCUGCCUCCGUUCGUCCUGCAGCAGCGUCUGCAUUCGCCAUAAAGUACUCCAUCAAGUUAUGUGCGGUGCUUGACGUCAGCGGGGCUGCUAUUAGUGCUAUACCACUGCUGCUCUGCCAAUACAUUAUUAGUAUAUACUUCCGACGACUCCUCGUCGGGUCUGCCAUGCAGCUUCAAGUUCCUUGAUUCGAGUGUAGAGAUCAUUGUAGUUGAAAAUAUAGAACAAUUUAUCGAGUAAGAUGUCGUACCCAGGACAGACUCCAAUGGGUAUACCUGGCAUGCCACCAAUGCCAUACAUGGUGGGUGCCCCGCCGCCAAUACUUGGAGGAGUCAUGCCAAUGCCUCACAUGGUUCCUACACCGGUGACAGCGAUGCAAACAUCUGCUCCAGCUGUCCGGUAUCAGAGAAACCAGCCGGCUGCACCACCUCCAAGGCCUGAGGCUCCAAGAAUAAAAAGAGAACGAGAAACAGGUCCUCCAGUCACAGUUUUCGUAGGCAAUAUUAUGGAUCGUGCACCAGAUAUUAUGGUGAGACAUAUACUUGGUGCUUGUGGUCACGUGCUAUCUUGGAAGAGAGUUCAGGCAUUUGGUUUCUGCGAAUAUGCUGGUCCAGAUGCUGGAUUGAGGGCCAUUAGAAUACUGCAUGACAUGGAAAUUGGUAACAAAAAGUUAGUUGUCAAAGUUGAUGCUAAAACAAAAGUAGAACUGGACAAGUUCAAAGCUGAAAGGCGGAAAAAGCUGAAAGGGGGUUCAUCUCCUUUGCAAGACGAAACGCCUGCUGAAUCAAAUGAGUCGGAAGACAACGACGACUACAUGGAUGAUAUGAUGAAGGCCAUUGACACAGAGGCUCAUCAAAGAAUUCAGCAAAUUAUUUCUGAGCAUCUGACCGAUCUCGAAAUAGUCGCGAAUAAUUCAGAAGAGCCUAUCAAAACAACGGUGGCGAAGCUCCUGACUCUGGACGAUGCUGAAAUUGAGGAAAGUAAGCGCGAUCUAAUCACACGAGAAAUCGGAAAGUUUCGGGAAGUUAUGAAGAAACAAGAAGAAGAGAAGGCCAAAGUGAAGAAGAAGCGCGAGAAGGAGGAGAACGAGGAGCGCGAGAAGCGCGAGAAAGAGCGCAACAAGGAUCGCAAGGACGACGAUGCCAAUAGCACCAAGCUGGACGGCGAUGAUGCCGACCCGGGCAGUCCGCACAAAGGCAGGAGUGACAGCACCGGCAGCAGUCGCAGGGAUAAGCGACGCAGCAGGUCGAGGUCCAAGGAGCGAGAGCGAGAGAGGGACCGUGGUCGCGGUGAACGCGAGCGCGAAACCGAGUCCCGGCACAGAGAUCGUCACCGAGAGGGUGACAGGGACCGAGGCGGCGACAGGGACCGCGACCGAGACCGAGCAGAGCGUGAGCGCAACGACAGGGCUGAGCGCGAACGCGAGAGAGACCGGGAACGAGAGCGCGACAAGGAGCGCGAGCGAGAACGAGAGCGCGAGAGAGAACGCGACCGGGAGAGAGAACGUGAACGAGAGAUGCGAGAGCGAGAACGCGACAGAGACCGGGACCGAGAGCGCGAGGAGGCCAGGAAGUCAGAGCGCGAGAUCAUGCGCGAGCGCGAGGAAGAGGAGGAGGCGAAGGAGCGUAAGAAGAACGAGAGGCGAGCCAGGGAGAAGGACGCUGCUUACCAGGAGAGACUGCGGGCCUGGGAGGCGCGCGAGCGUCGCAAGCAAAAGGAGUACGACAAGGAGAACGACAAGAAGCGGGCGAAACGCGAAGCCAGGGAGCGCGAAGCCAAACGGCUCAAGGAGUUCCUCGAGGACUACGACGAUGACAGGGACGACGCCAAGUACUACAAGGGCAAGGAGCUGGCCCGCAGGCUCGAGGAGAGGGCUGUCGAGGCCGAGGCCGACUCCAGGGACAGGUGCGCCGAGAGACAGGAGCUACAGCGCCUCAAGGAAAAGCUCUAUGCCGACUCAAAAUACGCAGAUCCAGCAGCAGAGUUCGAGAGGUUGAAAGCCGAGCGGGAGGAACAGUACAAACCAAAACCAGUAAUAACGAUCAUCGACGAGGAUGACGAGAAACCGUCAUCGCGUCACAAGGAGAAGGAACACCACCAGGAGAUGCCGCCGAUUGAAACCGAGCCGAUCGAUAGCGACAGCGAUGAGAUUGCGCACUACGACAACGGAAGCUCCCAGCCAGCUCAGGAGAUCUCGCGGACACCACCGCGACCUCACCCACACCAUCAUCACCAUCGUCGGCAUCACCGGCACCAUCAGAACCACCACAGAGGGGAACCGAUUGAGGAGCACGAGGUCGAGCAGAUCGAUCUAGAAAGAGAUGGACCAAUCAAGGACAAGAGGGCUAUAUCGUCGCCGAUUCGGUCAACGACGCCGCCACAACCGCCACAACCUCCGAUUCACGACGAGGACUCGAGGACGUCACUUGUCAGUGAGCCUGACAAAGUCAGCGGCAGUAACUUCGUCCCGUUUGCAAUGGGAGGUGGAGGCUCUAGAGGAGAUCAUGCAAUGGGUAACAAGACUCCUGCCAGUCCAAAUGCAAUAUCGAGCUCUCAGAACUCUAAUCAGUCGAGAAAGAAAAAUCGCAUCGACGUAAAGGACGUUUUCAAUAACGAUGAUGACGAUGACAGUACGAACAAUGCCAAAAAGCGCAAACUUGUACCUAUCGAUUACGGUGAAGAGAAGAAAAAGAAGAACGAAGAAGCGGCUGCUGCAAAGAAUGCGAAAGAAGAAAAUUCGAAAUCUCAGGAAGAAAAGCGAAAGCAUAUCAAAUCUCUCAUCGACAAAAUUCCUACAGACAAAAAUGCGCUGUUCGGAUAUCAACUCGACUGGGCUGUUAUUGAUAACUCGCUAAUGGAAAAACGAAUACGUCCCUGGAUAAAUAAGAAGAUUAUUGAAUACAUUGGUGAGCCAGAGCCUACGUUAGUUGAUUUCAUCUGCAGUAAAGUCAUGGCCGGAAGUUCACCUCAGGGUAUUCUUGAUGAUGUACAAAUGGUUUUGGAUGACGAAGCUGAGGUGUUUGUGGUGAAAAUGUGGAGGUUACUCAUUUACGAAGUUGAAGCAAAAAAAAUGGGUUUAGUGAAGUGAAUAAUCCAAUGCUUUCCAUAAUGAACUGAAACAUUUCAACUUGAAUGAGCGAAUGCAGAGAAGGACAUUUAAGGAAUUCCUUUGUAUAAGUCGUAUAUUUAGGUCUCAUGUUAAAACUAUCAACUACUAAGAAACAAUAAGUGUAAACAACAGUGUGAAAGACGAUUGUAAGAAAGAAAUAACUGCAAAGCAUGAGAAUGCGAGAAUGAUACGAAAACAUAAUUUGUAAUUAAAUUGUCAUUUAUAAGGUUCUUAUAGUCUUGUCAUUUAUACCAAAAAUGCAAUGUUUAAAAUGAAAUUUUUGGUAACGAAAUAACGCGCCUAUAAUGAUUAUGAUAAAUCUAAAGUGGUUAAAACUUUGUUAAGAGAUGCAAUUUCAUUACAGUUUUGUCCAUAGCUCUAAUCCAAGUUUACAUUGAAUCAUCCCGUUUUUUGUUCGCUCAAUUUGUAUAUUUACUGUGUAUUACUAUGUACAAUAAGUAAAUUUAUUUUCACUCAUAUCAUUUUGAUAUUCAUUUCUUAUUGACUUCUCUCGUUCAUGACAAACUCAGUAUUGUCAGAAUUUCGCUGAUAAAUCAUUUAAUUGUGUAUGUACAAAACUAAACCAUUUUUAUUUAAAAAUAUACGAUUGACUAUAA